CUUCGUUUCGAAGAUCACGUUGCCCGUUGAUAUAUUUCGCCAGUUGUUUUGAAACAAUAUCGCACAGACACCUAAAGAGACUUAAGCUGAGAAUGCUUUGUUAGUAAUCCUCAUGGACCCUCCCCAGAGAGAUCGGGCUUUAUCCAGGUUACUCUCGUGCUUAACUACCAUCAUUCUUCUGUUUGGGAGUGUCCUAACUUUUGCAGAAACUGGCGUGAACGAGACCGAUCGGCUUGCUUUGCUGGAAUUCAAGGCCCGAGUCGUCGAUCCUGGCGGGGUUUUAAGCUCGUGGAAUGAUACUGUCCACUUCUGCGAGUGGUAUGGUGUCACAUGUGGUCGUAGACACCGGAGAGUCACCAUAUUGCACCUCCGCUCCAAGAACUUGUCCGGGACCAUGCCGCCACAUAUCGGUAACUUGAGCUUUCUGAGGGAACUCCAUCUGCAAAACAACAGUUUCAGCUCUGAAAUUUCCCCGCAACUCGGGCGCUUGUUUCGAUUGCAGAAAUUGUUUCUUAAUAACAACUCAUUCAGCGGACAAAUCCCUUCAAAUCUCUCCCAUUGCUCUAAUUUGCUCGUUCUUAACUUAGGCUUCAAUGCACUAGAAGGAAAUUUGCCUACAGAACUCAGCUCCUUGUCCAAGCUCCAAGGAUUCGUACUUCAAGUCAACAGCUUGACGGGAAACAUUCCGCCGUCGUUUGGAAACUUAUCAUCUCUUCAAGGCUUCACAACACUGUUAAACAACCUCAGUGGUACGAUCCCGGAAACUCUCGGCCAGCUGAGAAAUUUAAAUUUCCUCUUUCUCGGCGUGAAUAAAUUUGUCGGUACGAUUCCGAUGUCAAUCUUCAAUAUAUCCACUAUGACAAUGUUUGAUGCGGCUGAAAACCAAUUAGAGGGGGGCUUACCCAGCGACUUAGGCUUCACUCUUCCGAAUCUCAAGGGAAUCGGUUUGAGCGACAACCACCUCACCGGACCCAUUCCUGAGUCAAUAUCGAAUGCCUCUAAUCUUGGUCAAAUCGAAAUCGUGUUGAACAACUUUACCGGGAAAGUUCCUUCUUUCUCAAAGAUGAGAGGACUCUAUUGGUUCAAUAUUGGCCAAAACAGCUUAGGAAGUGGGCAAUCUGCUGAUCUUGAUUUCCUCUGCUCUUUGACCAAUUCCACAAACUUGGAAAUGUUGGGCAUAGAGAGCAAUGCUUUUCGAGGACCAAUACCCGACUGUAUCGGUAACCUCUCUAUCACCCUUUCGUUGUUUGGGUUAAGUUACAAUCAUAUUUCAGGAACUUUACCUUCUGGAAUUGGAAAUCUCAUCAAUUUAGAGUUGUUGCAAAUGUGGGGCAAUAACAUCUCAGGGAACAUUCCUUCCGAGAUCGGAAAUCUGAACAAACUAAAGGAUUUAGAUCUCAGCAAAAAUAAUUUCUCUGGGCAAAUACCAGAAUCUAUCGGGAAUUUGAGGAAGUUAACCAAAUUGAACUUGUAUAGCAAUAAUCUAUGGGGCUCGAUACCAUCAUCUCUUGGAAACUGUCAAAAUUUACUUCUCGUGGACCUUUCGACCAACAACCUCAGCGGUUACAUAAACUCGAAAAUUCUGGGCCUCUCAUCUUUGUCGAUUUAUCUUGACUUGUCUCAAAAUAGUCUGACUGGUUCCCUUCCAGGAGAAGUUGGAAACUUGAAAAAUCUUGGCGAAUUACGUCUUAAUGGGAACAAAUUAUCUCAGCAAAUUCCAAGCAGUAUCGGCAGUUGUAUAACCAUGGAGCGUCUAUAUUUGCAGGAUAACUUCUUUGAAGGGCCCCUACCAUCGACUAUGAGUUCCAUGAGAGGCCUUGAGGUUUUGAAUGUUUCCAACAACCGAUUGUCCGGUCAAAUCCCGAAAUUUCUAGGGUCGCUGAAUCUGACGAAUUUAAGCUUAUCUUACAACGAUUUUGAGGGUGCAUUGCCUACAGGAGGAGUUUUCGGAAGUGCCAUUUCAACUUCAGUUAUUGGAAACAAGAAGCUUUGCGGGGGUCUACCAGAUUUUCAAUUACCGACAUGUGACUACAAAGGGUCAAAACGGACGGGAAUAAGUGGAACUGCAAAAAUUUUGAUAUCCACGACCUCUGCUCUUGUAGGAGUAGCCUGCAUACUCUCUUUAUUAUACUUCUUCUGGUGUAGACACAAUAAGAAAGCAUCUGCUGCAAGCUCUUCUGAAGAUGGGCUUUUGCAUGUUUCUUAUCACAAUAUACUGAAAGCGACGCGCGAAUUCUCCUCCAGCAAUUUACUCGGUGUGGGCAGCUUUGGGUCUGUGUACAAGGGACUACUUGAUCAGACUCAAUCGAUCGUGGCCAUCAAGAUUCUCGACCUUACACGUCAUGGAGCUUCCAAUAGCUUCAUAGCUGAGUGCGCGGCCUUGAGAAGAAUCAGACACCGUAAUCUCGUGAAGGUAAUCACGGCAUGUUCUGGGUUUGAUUUUAAUGGAUUUGAUUUCAAGGCACUGGUCUAUGAAUUCAUGUCAAAUGGGAGCUUGGAUGAAUGGUUGCACCCAACUGGUUCGCAAUAUACAGCGAGACACGAGUUGAGUCUACUUGAAAGAGUGAAUAUUGCCACUGAUGUUGCUUGUGCACUAGAUUAUCUCCACCAUCACUGUGAAACGCCAAUAGUUCAUUGUGAUCUAAAGCCAAGCAAUGUCCUUCUUGACAACGAAAUGACUGGACAUGUAGGCGAUUUCGGGCUUGCGAGGUUCCUCCCAGAAGCAACGCAUAAGUUACUGGUCGAUCAAUCAAGCUCUGUCGGAGUAAAAGGAUCUUUUGGCUACGUAGCUCCAGAGUACGGCGCAGGAAGUGCGGUAUCCACAGAAGGAGAUGUGUACAGCUUCGGAGUCCUCAUUUUGGAGAUGUUUACAGGCAAGAGACCGACCGAUGAUAUGUUUGAAAAUGGGCUGAACCUUUAUCACUUCGCAAAGGCAGCCCUGGCAGACCGAGUGGAAAAGGUAAUCGAUCCUAUUCUUCUUCAGGAAAACCAGGAGUUGGAGAAGAGACAAACUGUCGCUCUGGAUGGAAAGAACAAAAGCUUGUGUAGUACUUUGGAGUGUUUGGUUUUGAUCAUUGAAAUAGGAGUCGCUUGCUCUUCUGAGUCUCCAAGGGAGCGAAUAGACAUUAGCGAUGCAUUGACUAAACUCCAAGGAAUCAGGAAGAAACUUCUCGAGUUCAUUGUCAUUGCCUAGUUGACGUAGAAUCUGAAUUUCGUAUGGAGUCAUGUAAUCUUUAUGGUCAUUGCUUUGUCUGGAUGCAGAAUUUGCCACUCACAGACAAUUGGAAUCUGGCGACAAGUAGAGGAGACUAGUGACUUAGCAAUCCAAGGAAUAUCGAAAUUGGUUAUGUUGUCUCAAGCAAAA